GCCGUAUUUUGGUUGACCACUUCCGGUAAGGGCUCACGAGUGGGUAACGUGUCGAAAACGCUGUCAAGGAAAAGAUAAAUACCUUCAUGGGUCAGAAUGGCUGAUAGUAGUCCAGUACCGGAAGGCAUGAGUGAGGAAGCGGAUUAUCCCGUGGGUGAAGGCGGAGAGGAGACUGAGAAGGAUGAAGGAGGCUUGACUGAAGCUCAGAGGGAAGUGUUGGAGAGGUGUCUUCAUGCUCUCAAACAUGCCAAAAAUGACAGUCACACGUUGGCUGCUCUUCUUCUGAUCACUCGCUUGUGUCCUGCAAGUCAGCUGGACAAGCCCACAUUGCGGCGGAUCUUUGAAGCAGUUGGCCUUAACCUCCCUGCCCGACUUCUGGUGUCUGCAGUGAAGGGGAGUCACAACUCCGCCCUACCUCCUCAUGAACUUCUCUCCUUAGGAACUGCACUGCUGUCUGCCUUGAGCACAGACCCAGACAUGGCCUCGCAUCCGCAGCUGCUCACCACGGUCCCGAUUCUGCUGGAGAUCGUGGCUAAUGGUCCGUCCACUGGUGCAGCCGAGGAGCGGACAAAAGAGACGGGCCUGGGUGAUGAUGAUGAUGAUGAUGAUGUGGAAGCAGUUUCAAGCAUUCAAACCGAGACCACAAAAGGACCAGGAGAAGGUGUUGGUGCUGAAAAAUCCAAAGAAACAUCUUCCAAGUUGGAUGAGGCUAUGGCUGCAGACUGCUACCAAGUUCUGUCAGCUGUGUGUGCCUUGCCCAAGGGCCCUGAUCAGCUUCUUAGCAGAGGUGCGGUACCUGCCUUGUGCCUGGCAGUUCUGCAGAACCAGACCUUCAGUCAGAAACGUGGACUCACCUUGCUUUCCUGCCUCCUCUCCGGUAAAACCAAAGACAAAGUGUGGAGUAAGCACUCUUCAGAACUCUUGUCUCUGCUGGUCAAACUCUCCAAAGACUUCUCCCAGUCUAAAGACCUGAGCCGAUUGGAAAUGUCCUCCCAGUUGGUGAAGUUUCUCCCGCCGGCAGGCGUGGCGGGAGACAGCGAGGAGCUGAAGGGGGUGGUGAAGCAACUGUGGGGCGUGUUGAGACCACUGAUGCAGGCGAAGCUGACCCCGCGGCAGAUCGGCUCCAUCUUAGUGCUCAGUGCCUGCUUGCUUGACAUAUACGGCUGGGAGCUAGUUGGACCCCCGAAGUUCUGCUGCCUGCUGGUGAAUCGGGCCUGCGUGGAGGUCCGGAUGGGAUUGGAGGAACCUCCAGGGAGCAGUCUGAGCUCUGAACUGCAGGACACUCUUACAGGAUGCUACCGCAUCAUGGAGGCAGCCAUCGAGCAAGCCUGCAGCCCGAGCGUCGCACCGGCGGAGAGUCAGAGCUCCGUCUCCUCCCUGAGUCUGCAGCAGAGUCGACAAGUUCUCGGGGUGCUGGAGGAAGCCUUCUCUGCUGUCAUGUUCUUCUUGCAACAGGUGGAUCCCAGUCGCUACAGCGACCCCUUUGUCUUCGCCACUUUCCGCUCGCUCUGCUCCUGGCUGGCUGAGGAGACGUCCUGCCUGAAGGAGGAAGUGACGGCGCUGCUUCCGUUCCUCGUCGGUUACUCGCGGAGCCACCUUCAGGGGGCGCCCUCAGAGCAGGGCUUGACGGAGUGGAUGGCUGAGAUGGCGGUGUCUGACAGAGGAGGGUCCUGGAGCAACAAUGAAGCGCUGAGGUAUCUCCUGCCUGCUCUGUGUCACCUGUCCGCAGAAGAAGGACCCAGAAAGGUGCUGCUCACCCUGGACACGCCGUCAUUGAUCGUGGACUUCUUAUCCCACGGCUGGAAAGAGUUGAAGGGCAAAGGCGGCGCCCCGGCAGUUCGAGACCCGGCCAUGGAAACGGCCUCCUCCGUCCUCCUGAACUUCACCGUGACCGAGCCGGACAGAGUCAGGAAAGACCCGAGUUUCAGGACCCUGGAGGCGCUGCUGAGUGAAGCGUUUCCCGUGCUGGUGCAUAAGCCCGGCCUUUUGGUGCUGGCCGCCAACUUCUGCACGCUGGGGCUGAUGAUGGGCCGACUCCGAGUCACCACAGCAGUGGAUCCCGGCCAGAGGCGUUUCUUCUCCACUGCUCUGCAGUUCCUCACCAGUGCUCUGGAUUCUGGCUCUACCCCUGGACCAGCGCAGGUGAGCUCCACCUGGGAGAAGAGCUGGGACGAGGUGGUGGAGCUGUGGCGCCUGAGUCUUCAGGCUUUGGGCGGCUGCGUCCAAGCUCAGCCCUGGCUGGUGCCGCUGAUCAGAGAGGAGGACUGGCUCGCGCACGUCCUCGCCAUGCUGACCCGGUGCAGCGGGCUGCCGGACCAGCACACACUGGAGGCCCUGGAGGAGGCUCUCUGUGCUUUAGCUGGACGAUGCCCAGCCUGCAAACGGGACAUCGAAGAAGCCAUGAAGAGUAACAAGGAGGGGGCUUUGAACUGUAUGAAGAACCUGAGGAAGAUGGCGGGAGGGAAGUGAAGGGCCAUCCACAAGCCUGGUGCUUUCCCAGUUCAAACUGAAACCUAGAUAUUCCAGCACUUGUUGAGACUGUAAAACCUGAGACAUGUGACUGUGUCAACAUGACAAGUGGAGCUCCACUGGGCUGCGAUGUUGAUUCAUGUCAACCUAGAAAAACAGACAACUUGUUUUGUGAUAUUUUUGUCCCCCCUGCCCCUGCUUUUGUCUCUUCAAGAUGUCCAUGACAUAGUGGUGGAAAAAUGUAAAUGCAUUGAUUAAAGAAUUAUUUUUGGAGGCAUCAACGUGCAGGUGGAAGCAGUCCACUUUAGUUUCACCACACAAAAGACCAAACUCAGACAUUUUGAAAUUAUUUAAAACUGUUUCUUUACACCACUGUAUUUACGUUCGUGGGUUACAGAAAAUAUUUCAUUGCUCGUGGAGAAUUCAUACAUAGUCGUCGAUUACAAUGACCGAACAUUGGAUGCUGAAAAGCUUGUCACCACAAGGUGGCGCGACUGACCUUUAUCUUCCGAGUUCCAAACAAGUCCUGAUUUUCCAGACGGUUUUAUGUCGUUAAAAUUACUACCGAUCAUUCCAAAAACCUCCAGACGUGUUAAUUUCGAGUUUUUUUCAUGACUUUUUGGAGAAAAAUGUUGGUCAAGGAACUACAAAAUAUCCUCUUCAGAAGCACGCAGCUGGUAUAUUUAUCUUAAUCUUGUGCUUUUAUAACUAUCAAACUUGCGCCUU